UUGAUGGGUCUCAGUAGAUUUGAAAUUGCCACCUGGGGAGUUCAGCAAUAAGGAGUACUACAGACCUUUGCAAACAUGAUGAUGUUAAGAGUGGAAGAGCUGGUUAGUGGCAAAAAGUGUGAGGACAAAGAGAAUGGAGAACAGGAGUUCAGAGGAGGAGAAUAUGAAUCAGCAGUUACCAAAGAGAAGCACGAUGAUCUGAAAUCACACAACGAGGUCCUGCCUUUGAAACAGAACUUCCAAAAUGAGAACAACCAGAAAGAAGCAACGGUUAGAAAAGUCGAACCAAAGUCUAAGCUUGAUACUCUGGAUGAUCUUCAAAGUAUUGUGAAUCUGAAGAAGAGGAAGAGAACAAAGAGAAUACCAGCUGCAAAAAAAGAACCAGAGCCAGAAGUUAUACCCGAGGUAGUGGAUGUCACCACAUUCUUGAAAGCUGCACUGGAGAAUAAAUUACCUGUGAUUGAGAAGUACCUUGCAGAUGGUGGUGAUCCCAAUGCUUGUGAUCAGUUUCAAAGGACAGCAUUGCACAGAGCAUGCUCAGGAGGUCAUAUGGAAAUUGUGAAUAAAUUACUUGAAGCUGGGGCUUUGAUUGAAAACAAAGAUAAGCUUCAUUCCACUGCUGUCCACUGGGUGUGUCGUGGUGGAUCCCUUCCUGUUUUGGAGCUGUUAUUGAACAAAGGGGGGAAUUUCAAUGCAAGAGACAAGUUGCGUAGUACUCCUUUACAUGUGGCUGUCAGGACUGGACAUUAUGAAUGUGCUGAACAUCUCAUUGCUUGUGGAGCAGAUAUCAAUGCAAAAGACCUGGAAGGAGACACUUCCUUGCAUGAUGCUGUGAGGUUGAACCGUUUCAAAGUCAUCAGGCUUUUGCUUAUGUAUGGAGCAAACGUGACCACUAAGAAUUCUGAUGGGAAGACCCCAAUGGAAAGUGUACUUCAGUGGCAGAGUGGAGCAAAAAACAUCUUCAGUAGCUUUGUGGAAGAGCCAAGCAAGACCACAAAUUAAAGCACUUUGAAGACGUGACAAUGCCAACCAACAAUUAACUACAGUUGUUGUACAACUUUGUGAAGAAAGCAUGUCAUGAACUUGCAUUCAGCAAACAUGCUAUGCUGAAAAGUGUUAACUUACUUAUUGAUCUUUGCUUCUGAAACUUAAUCUGUAAUAUGUGCUAUUUAUUUUGUUAUUUAAUAAUUUAUUUAAAGGAAAGAUCAGGGGAAGAUCAGCAAAUACUUUUAUUUUUAAUGAUUAGUUGUCAUUGUGUUGAAAGCAGGAUAUAUUUUAGUUAACUGACUUGGCUGGUAGCAAAUCAAAGGAAUUAGCAGAGAUGAUUAAACUAUAAGAAAGUUGAUGAUAAAAAGUAUCUUUGAAAAAAUACUAAGAGUUUAUUUGAAGAAAAUGCCUAUUGGGUUAAUGUGAUCUGACAAAAGUACAUUCAUUACCCUUUUAAAGUUGAGGAAAUUUAAACAGCAGCACAUCUAAUUCCGUUCCACGUCAGCUGUUUUCAAUAUUUUAGUAAACAUAAUUCUCUCCAGGAGUACUAUUAGGAUUUUCAGCAAUGUUUUACUGCUGCACAGUAAUAAUAUAUAAAGUACUACUUGGAUGACCAGUGUACACAUGCCUGUGGAAUAUUCUGUAAUUAGUUAGUGUCAGAUCCACAUUAUACAAGAGUGUUGAAUUUAACCUGACAGAGAAUGUAGUGAAGGACUGAGUAGCUGUUGGGGGAAAAAGAGCAAACAAUUUUUAUGAGGCAAUGUUGUCAGUACAGGAGGCCUUGGAUUGUAAUGCACUUACUGUAAUUUUUAUACUUAAUGUAAAGUAUAUAUGUACAUUUUGCAAAUAUUUAACUAUUCUUUUAGCUAUUGUAUGUCCAAUAAAAAUGCAUUGCAAUUUC